AUGAGGUUGACGGCCUUGGAAUAUCCGUGGAUGAUACUAAUAACGCCGGGAGGAAAGCCGGCUUCCUUGGCCAACUCGGCGAGUAUCAUGGUUGCGCCGGGACACGCUCGAGGGUUUCAUCACAGUGUUGUCGUGAUGGUAGCAAUAGGACUACAUCAGAGAAGAUUCAUGGCGGAGAUCUACGCUCAUCAGUCACAAACGUCUUCGACUCCAAACGGAGUAGUGGCCGCGUUCAAACCGGUUCUCAUUGAAGGAACCAUGCUGCGAGCGCUGUCCCAUGAUUCACUGCACCGUCUCCGAGAAGAACAGCCUCCUAAGUUGACCUAUUGCGAAGAUGAGUCUGAUGACGAGUCUGAUGGCUAUGGGUCGAAGUCGAAAAAAAGCAAAGCAAGCGAACCAUCAAGGGGACAAGCCAUCGGACCCCGGCUGGGUGAGGCCCCCAAACCGAAUCAUGUGUACCUCCAGUGGGAGGCCCGAGUGGUUGAUGCGUACAUCAAGGUCGACCAGGGCGACAAACACACCGGAUAUCUCGACUUUGACGCUUCAAAGGCAACCGCUCACGGAGAAUGGGCCUACCCGGCGAUGUGGAGUAAAGAAAGCAAGCUUGCUUCCUCGAUCUAUAACCGUGGAGAUCAACCUCGAGAGACGCCGACGACUUGGAAUUACUGA